AUGUCGCCCACCGCUCGCGCGGCGGUGACCGCGGCGUCGUCGACGACGGCGUCGUUGGAGGCGGUCUCGGACGACGUCCUGCGGGAGAUCUUGAUUCUCGCGGUGAGGAACGGAAAGGAGGGUGGUCGGGGGGCGAGCGUCGCCGCGGCGUUGACGUGCGUCUCGCGUUCGUUUCGACGCAUCGUCGAGGGCUCGUACGAAGAGUUUUACGAACGCGUCGAUCUCAGUCAUGGGUUUUGUGCGCCCACGGAUGCGAGAAUUCGAGCGUGGGCGAAGAGAGGGGUGUUCAAGGGCACGAAGGAGUUGAACUUGGCCGGCUGUCAUAAGCUCACCGACGCGACGCUGAAGACGAUCGGAACAUCGUGCGAAGCGCUCGAAUGUCUCACGCUGAGCGGAGGUUCAUUUACGAAAGACGCUUUCGGGAUGUUAUGUGGAAGUGCUUUAAGCGAGCCGCCAGCGCUACCUAAGUUAAGGUCGUUCACCUUUGACAUCACGACGCCGAAGAUGACUCCGAAGCAAGCGAUGGGCGAAAUAUCACGGUUCAUUCAUGAAUACCGUGACACGUUGGAGGAGAUACGCAUAGGACGAGAAGCACCGUACUCACCCGCCGAGCGACGAGCAUUUUCGCAAGGCGCGGGUAGUUUUUUUGAGCGCGUAACCGAAUGCACUCAGCUGAGAAAACUUGACUUGACCAACUGCGGCGAAGACGUACGAUUUCCGCUCUUCGACUUACAGCGGAGUUGCCCGUUGUUGGAAGAACUAAAGCUCAACGGGUUCGGUGGUGACGCGGGCUGGCACGUAUCCGGACGCAUGGAGGAAGAUUUCGACGAAACGUGCUUUCAGUCCUUGCGCGUCCUUGAAGUCGCGGUUUCAAUGGAGACGACGAGCAUUGGACACAGAUACGGUAACAGCAACGUCAACGACGAGACGCUUCUGUUGUUCCUGUACGGCUCCAUUGAGACGAUCGAGACGCUCGAUAUCACGGGGUGCACGCAACUUGGAGACUGGAGAAACGUCGUCUGGGACCGCCUUCCACUUGCGCUGAGAACGUUCAAGUGUGCACGAACGCGGCUUUCAUCCGACGAUGCCGCCGUCUCCCAUGUCCUCUCUCAGUUAUGUCCAUCGCUCGAAGUACUCGAGCUCGGAUGCGUCGGCGCGAACGCCACGAGCGUCACCGACGCCGCGUUCACCGAAAUCCUCCACCUCGACGGUCCGACGUUACCCUUGCGCGUUUUACGCGCUCCUGGCUCGGCGCUCACAGCGGAGACGCUUCGGGCGAUCGUCGCCCCCGAAUCGAGGUUCAAAAACCUCCAUGCGAUCGAUCUCGCCGCAUGUCGGUCACUCCCUCGAGAGAUUCGACGAAUCUCCCUGGACACGUUUCCGCUCGAAAACAUCCGAGCCGUUCGCGCCUUCCUCGGCUCGCAGUCCUCGGAACCCGACGACAUCGUCGUUCGUGACGACGCCCCGACGCGCGCUCGAAAACGUCGACGAUAA